AUGGCCUCUGCGCCCCCCGCCUCGGUGCCGGACGCGGCGGGCGACGUGAGCGUGUCCCCGGCCGGCGCCGCGCUGCAAGCGCGCCCGAAGCAAGAGGCACAUACGCUCGCUGCGCUGGAACGCCUCCUGGCGGAGCUCGAGACGACGCACCUGCCCGCGACGCGGCAGGCCGGUGAUGCGAUGCUCGAGAAGGUGCAUCCCCCUGAGCGCCGCUGCGACGUCGCCCAGCGAGCUGCGGGCGCAGACACGCAAUACGUUUGA